ACCCGUGUUAGCAGCGCUUUAAAGAUAGUCUAUCUAUUUCGCAGGAAACAUGGAGCUUAUUUCUACGGCAGUUUGGCUGGUCGUGACCUUGCUUGCUGUUGUUUAUUAUUAUUUCCAAAGAAAGUUCUCAUACUGGAAAAGUCGUGGUGUCCCGUACAUCGAGCCAGCGUUUCCCAUGGGAAAUCUCUCUUGGAAACCUAGCGGUAACUUCAGAGAAGUAUUUAACGAGUUAUAUAAAGCCAAAGGAGAAAGUCCUUUCGUUGGAGCCUACUUUUCUAUGAGUCCGUUGGUUGUAGCCACUGAUUUGGAUUUUGUAAAAGACGUGUUAGUGAAAGACUUCAACAACUUCCAUGGGCGCGGUAUUUACACUAAUGAGAAAGAUGAUCCCAUCUCAGCACAUUUGUUCUCUUUGGAUGGACCAAAGUGGAAAUCACUUCGGAUGAAACUUUCACCAACAUUCACUUCUGGAAAAAUGAAGUUCAUGUUCCCAACCAUAGUUGAUGUGUCAGAGCGAUUUAAUCUUGCUUUGGGAAAAAUGCUGAAAGGCGGUAGUGAUUUUGAUUUGAAAGAGAUACUUGCUCGUUUUACAACUGACGUCAUUGGAACAUGUGCCUUUGGGUUAGAAUGCAACAGUCUGAAAGAUCCGGACACGGAGUUCCGUAAAUACGGUCGUAUGGUUUUCGAGGCAUCAAAAGUUCGUUCAAUAAGGAGAGCCAUUUCGCGUUUUCCAAAACUUGCCGCCAAAAUACAUUUGAAGACAUUCGGAAAGGAGUUGAAUGACUUUUUCUUGGGUGUUGUACGUCAAACCAUCGAGCACCGUGAGAAAAAUAACAUUAGACGAAACGACUUCAUGGAUCUACUGAUUGAUUUAAAAAAUAACGAGACUAUGGAUGACGAAAAGAAAGUCAAAUUAGAAAAGCUGACUUUGGAAGAAGUGACCGCCCAGGCAUUCGUUUUCUUUAUCGCUGGAUUCGAAACGUCAUCUACGACGAUGAUGUUUGCCCUGUACGAAUUGGCAGUUAAUCCAGAGAUCCAGGAGAAAUUACGAACUGAAAUAAAUACUGUGUAUGCAAAACACGAAGGUCGCUUGUCUUAUGAAGCUAUAAAGGAUAUGGUGUAUCUAGAUCAAGUGAUUAAUGAAACUUUGCGAAAAUAUCCACCAGUUGUUGCCCUUCAGCGUAAAACUCAAAAUGAUUAUAAGGUUGCGAAUACCAAACUGGUGAUAGAAAAGGGAACAACUGUAAUAAUUCCAGCUUAUGAGAUUCAUCACGAUGAACGCUAUUAUCCAAACCCAGAGAAAUUUGAUCCUGAUCGUUUCCUUCCGGAAGUUUGGAAAGCCCGACAUCCAAUGGCAUUCUUGGGCUUUGGUGAUGGGCCCAGAAAUUGUAUUGGGUUGAGGUUUGGCAGAAUGCAAUCACGAGUGGGUCUAGUUAUGCUUUUGAAGAACUAUCGAUUUGAAGUAUCAACCAAAACACCAAUUCCAAUGGAAUUCUCACCAAUCACUGCGGUCUUGUCUCCUGUGGAUGGAAUGCAUUUGAAGGUUGAUCGCGGUGUCCCUUACAUUGAGCCAAAUUUUCCAUUGGGAAAUCUUAAUUGGAAACACACUGGAAAUUUGAGAAAGUUGUUUGAUAAAUUAUACAACGCGGGGGGAGAAACUCCUUUUGUCGGCGGGUACAUUUCCAUCAAACCAGUUGUAGUAGCAACUGACUUGGAUUUUGUGAAAGAUGUGUUAGUGAAAGAUUUCAGCAACUUCCAUGGACGUGGUAUGUACGUGAAUGAGAAAGAUGACCCCGUCUCAGGACAUUUAUUUUCUUUGGAUGGACCAAAAUGGAAAUCACUUCGGAUGAAGCUUUCACCGACUUUCACUUCUGGAAAGAUGAAGUACAUGUUCCCGACCAUAGUUGAUGUAUCGGAGCAGUUCAAUCAAACUUUGGGUGAAACGCUACACAAGGUGAAGGAAAUUGAUGUGAAAGAAAUACUUGCUUGUUUUACAACUGACGUCAUCGGGUCAUGUGCCUUUGGAUUAGAAUGCAACAGCCUAAAAGACCCGGACACCGUGUUCCGUAAAUAUGGUCGCAUGAUUUUCGAACGAUCCAAAACACGCUCUAUAAAACGGGUUAUUUUUCUACUCCCAAAAUUGGCUGCCAUAUUGCGCCUAUCGGUUUUUAGUAAGGAGAUCAACAAUUUCUUCAUGGGUAUUGUGCGUCAAACCAUCACACACCGUGAGAAAAAUAAUGUAAGGCGAAACGACUUCAUGGAUUUAUUGAUUAACUUGAAAAAUAGUGGUUCCCUGGACGAAGAAAAGAAAACUAAAUUGGAAGAGCUUACUUUGGAAGAGAUGACCGCCCAGGCAUUCGUUUUCUUUGCCGCUGGUUUUGAAACCUCUUCAACAACGAUGAUGUUUGCCUUGUAUGAACUUGCAUUGAGCUUAGACAUCCAGGAGAGGCUACGAACUGAAAUAAACACAGUUUACACCAAACACGAAGGUCGCUUGACAUAUGAAGCUAUAAAGGAUAUGGUGUAUUUAGAUCAAGUGAUUAAUGAAACUUUACGAAAAUAUCCACCUGUUCCGGCAUUACAGCGUAUAGCUCAAGCCGAUUACAAAGUUACUAAUACGAAAUUGGUGAUUGAAAAGGGAACAACGGUAAUGAUACCCGCUUAUCAGAUUCAACACGAUCAUCGCUAUUAUCCAAACCCAGAGAAGUUCGAUCCGGAUCGUUUCCUGCCGGAACUAUGGAAAGCACGACAUCCGAUGACAUUCUUGAGCUUUGGUGACGGUCCCAGAAAUUGCAUCGGUCUGAGGUUUGUGGAAGAUGUGGCUGUACAGGCGUUUUUGUUCUUCCUGGCUGGAUUCGAGACUUCUUCAACGACAAUGACAUUUGCUCUUUAUGAAUUGGCGCUUAAUACUGAGAUUCAAGAUAAAGCUCGCAAUGAAAUUAGUGAGGUUUUGGAAAAACACAACGGAGAGUUUACAUAUGAAGCUAUGAUGGAUAUGAAAUAUUUGGAUUGUAUUAUAAACGAAACUCUCAGAAAACAUCCACCAGUUACUGUGUUAAUGCGAGUUGCCGCCGAAGAUUAUUCUGUUCCGGGAACAGACAAAGUUGUGGAGAAGGGCCAAAGGAUUUUCAUACCCGCAUAUAGUAUUCAUCACGACCCGGAUAUUUAUCAUGAGCCAGAAGUUUUUGAUCCACGCAGAUUUGAAGCAGAGGAAGUUAAAAAGCGGCACCCCAUGUCCUUCUUGGGUUUCGGUGAUGGACCUAGAAAUUCGCAGUGCUGUGUGGCGGCCAUGGAGCCGUUUUCUUCUGUAAUUUGGUUGGUUGUUGGCAUCCUUGCUAUAGUUUACCUAUAUUAUAAAAGAAAAUAUUCCUACUGGAAAGAUCGUGGUGUUCCGUAUGUAAAACCAACGUUUCCGUUGGGUAAUAUUGACUGGAAUCGAAGUGGUAAUUUCAAAGAGGUUUUCGAAAAAAUAUACAAACGGAAAAAUGAAGACCCUUUUAUUGGGGGGUAUUUCUUUGCCAAACCGGUAGCAAUAGCGACCGACCUGGAUUUUGUAAAAGAUGUGUUAGUGAAAGAGUUUAAUAUUUUCCACGCACGCGGUGAAUACUCAAAUGAAGAACAUGAUCCCAUUUCUGCAAAUUUAGCGUUUUUGGAUGGACCAAAGUGGAAAUCACUUCGGAUGAAACUUUCACCGACAUUCACUUCUGGAAAGAUGAAGUACAUGUUCCCGACUAUGCUCGAUGUUUCGGAGCGGUUCAAUCAAGCUUUGGGUGAAAUGUUGAAAGGAGAAAGCGAGUUUGAUGUCAGGGAAAUGCUUGCUCGCUUUACAACUGACGUUAUCGGGGCAUGUGCUUUUGGACUAGAAUGCAACAGCCUAAAAAACCCUAAUACGGAAUUUCGAAAAUAUGGUCGUAAAGCAUUGGACACAUCGGGAAUCAGCUCAAUUAAACGAACGAUAUCGCAACUUCCAAAACUAGCUGCCUUACUACGUCUGACAGUUUUCACCAAGGAAAUGAACGAUUUUUACUUGGGAAUUGUUCGUCAAACCAUCGAACACCGUGAGAAAAAUAAUAUUAAACGCAAUGACUUCAUGGAUUUGUUAAUCGAUUUGAAAAAUAACGACACUCUGGAUGAAGAAAAGAAAAUGAAAUUGGAAAAACUUACUUUGGAACAAGUGACCGCCCAAGCGUUCGUUUUCUUUAUCGCCGGAUUCGAAACCUCGUCUACGGUGAUGAUGUACGCUUUGUAUGAACUAGCGCUGAAUCCUGAGAUACAAGAAAGGCUACGGAACGAAAUACAGACUGUGUAUGCGAAACAUGAAGGCCGUUUGACCUAUGAAGCUAUUAUGGAUAUGGUCUAUUUAGAACAAGUGAUCAAUGAAUCAUUACGAAAAUAUCCACCUGCUGUUGCGUUGCGGCGUGUAGCCCAAGAGAAUUACCAAGUUCCAAAUACCAAACUGGUAAUAGAGAAAGGAACGCCUGUAAUCGUUCCCGUUUAUGAGAUUCACCACGAUAAACGUUAUUAUCCAAACCCUGAAAAGUUCGAUCCUGAUCGUUUCCUUCCAGAAGUGUGGAGAGCCCGGCAUCCAAUGGCAUUCCUAAGUUUUGGCGACGGUCCCAGAAAUUGUAUCGGGAUGAGAUUUGGUAGAAUGCAGUCGCGGAUGGGUCUUGUGAUGCUCCUGAAAAAUUAUCGGUUCGAAGUAUCCGAGAAGACACCAAUUCCAAUAAUAUUUUCACGUAAUUCACGGGUAUUAUCCGUUGACGAUAUGCAUUUGAAGAUUGUAAAAGUUUAGCUUCGUAGGGCUGACCUCGUCUGUAUCUAUGUAGCAUUGAAGCGUCUAUACUUACUUUUGUAAUGGUUCUGUAUGCUCUUUCCAAUAAUAAAAUCAACGUUAUUUCAUUAGUACUCAUAA